AGCUCAAGACUCUGCGCCCGAGGGUCCGAGGUCGGCCAAUUAUCUUUCAGCUUCGUAUACAGCUUCGUAUAGCUGACGAUACCGAACUGCUCUUUUUUCAAGCUUGUUUGGACAGCUCCAACCUCUGCCAGGUAUGGCGGGCAUCCAUCUGGCAUUAUGCAUGAUGGGGUUUGAAGUUGCUGUUUCCAGCGAGCACACAGACAUGCAGCUUAUGCAGAUGCAACCGGCUGGUGUCUUGCACGGCAGCGGAAUGAGGAAGCCGCCGCAGGGUUGCCGCACCUCGGUUGAGGGUGAUCGGUGUUACGUCGAGGUGAUGUGGGCGAUGCGGGCGGGCAUCCAGCAGCACCCAGAGUACUAUCUUCCUUUGACGAGAGAUUCUAGCUUCGAGGACUUCCAGCAACACCUGCACGGCACGGCCAGGCUCUCCGGCGUGUGCCCCGAACCAUGUGCGGCUGCAGCGCCGAAGUCACAGCAGCAGGGCCGGCCUGGCUCUGAGACCCGGGCGCGCAGCUCACAGUCUGUUGGAACUCCCGUGCCCACUGCGCAGCAGGUCGGGACUCCAAUGCCAACAGUGAUCCACCUGGAUGACCUGCUCGUUUCAACCUACCCGGGGUACGAGCAAAGCGGCCAAAAUUGCCAGUGCGGAGCAGAGAUCAGCGCAUUUUCUGACGAUUUCGACUCUCUCGAGUUAUGUGCUUCGGAGUGUUCCUUGCGCCCAGAUUGCAAGUCAAUUGGUUUUCACCCCUCGCAGUCAGUGUGGAAAGGCGGUUGCUAUCUUUACGAUGCAGAGUGUGGGUCAACGGAUGGGCAUGACUCCAACACCACCUGUGCCAAUCCAAACCCAGAGGGAGCCCUCAGUGUCAACUUCAACAGGAUACCGACCACGCCUGCACCUACGGCUUCAGUUGAGCCUUGCGACGUCACCGAUGGAUCGUCUCCGAGCUAUUUCUACCCGUGCCAGUGCGGGACUGACAUGUGCUUUACAAACGAGGUCUGCUCAGGUGACAGGGGAGGCUUUUCGUGCGCUCCUCCGGGCAUCUUGAAGGUAGAGUGGCCGUGCUUGACGACUUCUAUCGGCAGCCCCUACUUCGUUUUUUCCGGGACCAGCGCAACCGGAGCGCCAGUAUACAGUAACACCGAUGGCAAUUACAUGUAUUGGGACGCUUCGUGUGAUGGCAUCGAGCGACCUCCGAAAUAUGAACAGCCGCGGUGGAUUCUGGACUCUGAAGAACCAAACAUGACAGCAAUUAUGGAUUUAGAUUCUGAUGCGAAUUGCGCUUAUUUUGGGCAUCAUGGUAGUUCAGAUUCUAAUGGUGUCCCGCUGGGGAACACAACUUGGUUCUUGCUAUGCGACGGCCAAGGCCUCAACAUGACGGUGGCGAUCACUUACGAGGCGUAUCUCCCGACACCGUCACCGACGAUGGAGCCUGGGAUGCCGUGCCCUUGUAAUCAGUUGUGCGGCUUGUUUCCCUACAUUGAUCUGAAUAGUGAUGGGUGCCUUGAGGAGUUUGAGUGCAACCUAAACCAGUAUCUCGACGGGCACUUUACCGAUAUGGACGCGGACGGGGAUGGAUGCGUGACCCAGGAAGAGUGUGGCGACUCUCCAUAUGCGCAGGAUAUGCCUAGCUUCCCGAUCGUGGGUCCAGCUGAAUGUGACUACGGUUAUUACUUCCAGGAGGGCACCAGCGUUUGUCAGCAGUGCACCACGGGCGCCACGCGGCGGCGCCGCUCAGAGGCCUGCGUCGACUGCGCCUCGGGCAAAGAAGACCUGGGCGACUUCGACAACUGCAUCUCGGGGGUGUGGCUCACCGAGCCCAUAUCGGCUGGCGACGUCAACGUCUUCGUCAACAAGGACAUCGACGAAAGUGGCGUCGUGCUGCAGAAAGGCGACGGGAUCACCAUGUCCACACGCAACCCUGGCCACUUCGAGAGACUGGUUAUCGCCGACAAGAUCGGCUUCGAUGACAGCGAGAGACUGUCGUCAUACCACGAGUCUCUGCUCCGCAGAAGUGGGCCCUUCUUUGUGCUUGAUCACGGAGUGAACGCAGGGUUUAACAAGUUCGACGCGAUCAUCUCGUCCUGCUCGAGCACCGACGGUACUGGAAUCAGCUCGCAGUACCCUUGCGGAUGCGGCAUUGAAAUCUGCGGUCUCGGGUACAGGUGUGACGAGCAGUGCUCUGGGAGCAACACGGUUCUGGAUCCCUUCGUGGGCAGCAGCUACGGGGACGGCGGGUGCUGCAUCGGACCCCCUGCCUCUCCUCUGCCGACCCCUUCCCCGACGGUGUCGGCCAAGGGUGACCCGCACCUGGUGAACCUUCAAGGCGAGCACUUCGACGUCAACCACGGCGGCGAGUUCACUCUGCUGCGCAUCCCGCAGGCCGCUGACAGGACCGCCGAGGUGGAGCUCCAGGCCACCAUCCGCCCCGAGCACGGGAAGCCGUGCACCACGUACAUCACCGCAGUUGAGCUCUCGGGUGCCUGGCUCGGCGGUAUCGUCCUGCAGGUGCGCUCUUACUUGCGGUCGCACGCCAAGAACGAAAGCGACUCGUUCUUGGGCCUCCGGGUGCUUGAGCCGGGCACCCCUCACGAAGCUCCAUGGUCGAGACUCGCGGAUUGGGCCGAGGGGAACAUCGUCGUGUUCGAGCAGCAGGCCCGAGAUGGCGUCAGGGUGACAAUGUCCAAGUCGCAGUGGCGCACCAAGAAGGGCGUGAAGGAGGGAUUGCCGACCAUAGCCGGGCAGCUUCAGAUCAUGAUUCAGAACAAGCUGAGCGAGGACUCCGCCAUGAUCGUCUUCCGCCAAGACCUACCCGUGCAGGAGCAUCUGAACUUGGCUGUGCGGCGCUUGAGCGCACUCGGGCGUGCAGACAUCGGUGGGCUGCUUGGGUUCGAUGCGCAUGCCGAAUCGCUAGAGAAUGUUACACCUGAGUGCCAGCGUCACAGAGACGGGUUGGACAAGAAGGCGGGCCCCAAGACACUGCCGGGCUGGAAGAUUAGAUGGCAGAAGAUCAAAGAGCAGCGCGCCAGCAAUCCCGCACCUGGCGGGCCGAUCAGCGACAACGAGGCGGGGGCCAGCCUCGUCAACAGGGACAUGAUGUGCGUCUGCCCCGACGCAGAGCCGAUCGACGCCAGGGAGGAGGCCGACCAGUCCAUGAACUCCGCAAGUCUGAUCGGCGGCGGGCACGAUGGCGUCCUCGCAGAGUUCCAGACGGGCCGGCUUGCCGAGGCAACGUGGGACUGACCGCGAUCUGCGCGGUGUCCGGGGCGCUUCCGCCCGCCCCACGCCCCCGCCCGCCCCCGCCCCUUCGGGGCCCCCGUAAGCUCGCGGCCGCUGCGGUCUGGAGGAGAGCUGUCCCCUGGGAUGCCCACCUCGGCUCGGUCACCACACACACACGCGCACUUCAUAAUAUGUGUGUUUUUUCGGGCCAGCGGGUCCGCCGAUUGGGCGAAUCCGAGGGCCGAACAUCUGCAGGGGGAGGAGGAUCAUUGUGGAAGCAGGCGCUCAGUUGGCUCUUGGUCUGUUGAGCUUGCUCUGAGCUUGCUCCAGCUCUUGCCGUGCGCACACCAUUUGCAAGACUCGGCCCCGAAGGGCAACGGUCGCGAGCGACCGGCCCCGCUGGCCCGCUGCUCGAUCUCUGGUGGACUUGGCUGGCAUUGGCAGGCUGAGUAGAGGAA